UGACAAGUGCCAGCCAAAGCCUAUAAAAGUCAGCCAGCUCCUGUUCUGGCUCAGUGACCUGGUUCCCCCCUCCCAGCACAGCCAUCCCGGAGCAGAGACCAUCGGUCCAGGGUGGAGACACCUGGUCCUGAGCAGGGACCCCAACCUCGGAGUCCAGACCCCAGAUCCAGAGAAGAGAUCUUUUGUCUGGAGCAGGAACCCCAAAACAGAGCAGAGACCCCGGAGCAGAGACCUCAGAACAUCCCCUUCCCCAGCCCCCAGGCUUUGCAGCGAUGACCGGCAAAACUGCACCUCCAGCCAAAAAACCGGCUCCGGCAGCGGCCAAGAAAAAGGCAGCGCCAGCCCCGAAGGGAGAAGCAGCCCCGAAAGAAGCAGCAGCCCCGAAGGAAGCAGCAGCCCCGAAGGAAGCAGCAGCCCCAGCUGCUGAAGAGCCCCCAGCCCCUGAGCAGCCCCCAGCCCCCACAGACGAAGCCACUCCCCUCCCCACAGAAGCUGGAGCAGAAGCGACUCCAGCACCUGCAGAAGGUUCCCCAGCUCCCCCAGCUGAGCCCCCAGCCCCAGCCCCCGAGCCUAAACCAGAGAAACCAAAGGAAGAGCCGCCCAGCUGCCCCUUGUCUUUGGCCGUGGAAGAAGUGAGUGAAAACUCAUUCACGCUGACCUGGAAAGCCCCAGAGCAGACGGGCCGGGCAGGCCUGGAUGGAUACGUGGUGGAGAUCUGCAAAGAUGGAAGUUCAGACUGGAAAGCUGUGAACCAGGAGCCUUUUCUUUCCACCCGCUACACAGUCCCAAACCUCAGCUCUGGGGACAAGAUCCAUGUGAGGGUGGUGGCUGUCAGUGCCAGCGGAGCCAGCGUCCCGGCCGCUCUGGAGCAGCCAGUGCUCAUCAGGGAGAUCCUCCAGCUCCCGAGGAUCCGCAUGCCUCGGCACCUGCGGGAGACUUACAUCAGGCACGUGGGGGAUGCUGUGAACAUCAUGAUCCCCUUCCAGGGAAAGCCUCAGCCCGAGGUGAGCUGGACCAAGGAAGGGCAGCCUCUGGACACCAACCGCAUCAACAUCCGCAACACGGCUCGGGACACCAUCUUCUACAUCCGCCAGGCCCAGCGCGGGGACUCGGGCAAGUACGAGCUCACCGUGCAGAUCAACGGAGCCGAGGACAAGGCUACCCUGGACAUCCAGGUGGUUGAGCCACCCGGCCCUCCCCAGAACCUGAAGCUGGUGGAUGUGUGGGGCUUUAAUGUGGCCCUGGAGUGGACUCCCCCUGUGGACAACGGGAAUUCUGAGAUCAAGGGCUACAGGGUGCAGAAGUCAGACAAGAAGAGUGGGAAAUGGUUCACGGUGCUGGAGCGCUGCACCCGCACCAGCUGCACCAUCUCCGACCUCAUCAUCGGCAACACCUACUCCUUCCGAGUGUUCUCCGAGAACAUCUGCGGGCUCAGCGACAGCGCUGCCGUCGCCUCUGGGGUGGCCUGCAUCGAGAAGACAAAAGCCACUUACCAGCCAGAGAAGAUCCCCCAGCGGGACAUGAUGGAGCCUCCAAAGUUCACGCAGCCCCUGACAGACCGAACGACUACGCGGGGCUACAGCACUCACCUCUUCUGCUCCGUCCGGGGCUUCCCCCAGCCCAAAAUCAUCUGGUUGAAAAAUCAGAUGGAGAUCCGGGAAGACCCCAAAUACAUAGCGCUGAUUGAUCAGGGCGUGUGCUCGCUGGAAAUCCGCAAACCUGGCCCUUUCGAUGGGGGUGUCUACACCUGCAAGGCUGUGAACCCCCUGGGGGAGGCCUCAGUAGACUGCAAACUGGAUGUGAAAGUGCCCAAGUGAGGACAGAUCGGAGGACAAGACAAAGAGCAAGGACUCGGAUCUCAUUCCUUUUCCCAGGUGGAUCCUGCAGCUGCUGGGCAGUGGUGGGGCAGGUGCUGAUGCCCCUGGCCAUGGUCUCUGCUGCCUGCUGGGCUGCCCCUCCCUGGCAGUGCUUUGGGGGCUGCACCUCAGCCUGCCAUGGCAUGGCCCUCUCUGAACCUGUCAUUAGCUGUGACAAUAAAACAAACCCACCUGAGGGGCUUCGGUCCUAAUAAAAGCCACCAAACCCC